GUGAAUCCCUGUGGGGGAGGUGGGGCCAAAACUGAAAGAACUCCUUUGGCAGGCAGAAUAGAGCUUUUAUUGAGGAUAUUUCUAAGCUGACCAUCAGGGACCAAAUCGCUGGAUUGUUAAAAAAAAAAAAAAAAAAAAAAAACAUAGCUGAAUCACGCUGCUCCCUCUCUUUCAUUCCUUCCCUCGUUUCAUUGCAGUGAGACGGAGAGCAGUGUAGCUCUCAUGCAGUACCCAAGAGCAAGCAGAAUGCAAGGAAUCUACAGUAUUCCCCUGUCUCACACAAGAAGCCCAGUUCACUCCUGAAGGACAAGAGAGUGAGGAGAGAAAGAGGCAGAGCCAGAGAGCAGUCAGGGGAGGAUUCAAACUGCUGUGGUUGAGAGGAGGAACGUACGGUCUUGUCCUGUUCUGCUCUGCUCUUGUUGCCUCAGGUGUGUGUGCUCCUCCCUCCCCAUCCGCGGUGCCUGCUGUCAGCUCCAUCCCUGGCUGGCUGAGGCCAUGGUGUUGGUGCUGCGAGCCCUGCUGCCCUGCUUCUGCACCCUGCUGUCCCUGGACCUGCUGCCUGGGGUGGAACCCGCAGUGCCCCUGGAGGACUUCUACCCCUUUGGCCAGGACAAGGGGGACUCCCAGACCAUCGCUCAGGACGACGGGGGCUCCAGGCUGGUGGAGAUCUCUGUUGCUUUCCCCUUCUUUGGUGACAGGCAUGCAGGACUUUAUGUGAGUAAAGAGCAGUGAUUUUUUUUCUCCUGAUGUGAGUGUGUGAGUGUGUGUAUGUGUGCGUUUUGUCUUCAUAUGUCAGCGUGUAUGUGUGUGCAUGCACUUGGCAGUUGGCAAUUGAAACUGACAUGGUGUGGAUUGUAUAAGAGCCUCAGGGAGAUGAAAUUUGGCCAACAUCCAGAUACUACAUUGACGUGCCCUGGGAGAGUUUGUGUAUGUUUAUGUGCGCUCACAGGCUCUGGUGUGUAGCCUCAUUUGUAGAAUAUCAUGUUUUCCCCUACGGGUGGAAUUAUAAUCCUGUAUGACAUUUUCCUCACUUUACAUCUGCCCUCCUUGCACUCCGAGGGGCUCUCAUGUGCAAGGGAGAAACUAUUAGCAGAACAGUGAAAAGCCUUGUUCUGAUAAGUCUACAAUAAGCUGUUAAAGGAAAUGACAGUUUGUGUUCUUACUGUUGCCACGGAGCAUCUGUGAGCGGUUCUUUCUUAGAGAGUGUGAGAGGAAUAUCCUCACAGGAGAAAGAGAGUGAAAGAAACAGCGCUCAUGGGAGGAAGCCGAGUGGUUUGACGAGGAUUUUCGCACAGCACAGUGAAACACACUUUGAUCUGCCUUUGUCAUGUAUUGGGUUCCGUUCCAGCGCAUGGAAAGGCAGAACUCCCUUAAAUCAACACCACCUGUUGUGGUUAUGCAUCCGCAUUCGCUCUCCCCGAAUCACCCCCCCUCCCUUCUCCUCCUCCUCCUCCCCGGCUCUCUGAGCCUCGCCUUCCUCCUCCCUGUUCAAACCAUGGGGCAGGGCAGGGGAGGCUGAGGAACCAUGGCAACAAUGGGCAAGGUCAAAGGUUGUCUUUCUAAUAUAAGCAUGUGCACCAUGAGAGUGAAGUCAGUCAGGCAUUUUAAAACUCUUUUGCAUGUACCCUCACUGUGUGUUAAGUCACAUUGACAGUUUUUUUAGGUGCAGUGUGUUAGUGUUGUCUAAAUGAAGAUAUGAAAUCCAACAGUCUCUAAAAGUUUUACACUUAUGGUUGUUCUGUCAUGUCUAUUGAACUCCCCAAAUGGUUUGGACACAGAACACAAACAAUCUUUGAUGGCUUGCAACUCAUUGAAACCCUAUAAUUCACUAAAAACUGUGCAAAGACAGCUUGUCAAAUGUUGAAAGUAAAAAAUAUAAUAUGUGUUCAUUGAAAAAAAACACCAUCAAUAUGUUUAAAAAAAAGUUUGGACAGGGGCAUGUUUACCAAUGUAUUCUCUGUAACAUCACGGUGUGAUCACACAGUCUCUCACAGAGUGGUGAACCUCUUCUAUUCUCUGAGAGACACCAUUAGGUCUCGGUUGUUACCUUACGUUUAUGGAUUAUAGUUUAAUGUUCUUAUCUGGUACUGGCCCCAAGUACAUGCUGUCAUGACAGACAGACAUCUCAACACUAGUGUCUAAUCAAAACUGAAAAACAGUCAGUCUGCUGUUGUGUCAGUCUUCUCGCUUCCUGCCGGGACGCGUCUUUUCCCCCCCCAGAAAGUUGCAAAAUCACAUCGGGCUUGAUGUGUAUAGUCAGGCACGUCAAAAUUCGCCUCCGAAUAUUUCAUAAUUUCGCGUUGUAUAUUUGCGUGUGUAUGGACCUUUAAAUUUACAAUGAAACUGAGACUCAAAAGAAACAGAUGAACAAGUGCUACCGCAGAGGAAGCAAUGAAAAAAGAGCUAAUUAUACUAAUUUACUGCUCUUUAUCUAGUUCCUGGUCUGAACCCAUGAGGCUUGUGUGAUAACCAUAGACUAUAUAUAAGAUGGACACCGUGGUUCCGCCUUCUGCCUGUAUACGGAUUUGAAGCCAAAAAGCUUUCGGUAAUUCCGGGUUUUUCUCCACUUCCUUGAAACCAGAGCUGCGCAGUUGCGUUGUAUGCAGACGUUUUUGGCUGGGCGGGGGGUUCGGAGCGAUGACGCUCCGCUCAAAAAGUGCCCCCCCCGAUGUCCUUCCAGCCUUUCAUUUGUAACGCUAAUAGCUUCCCCACUCGUCGUGACCAAGAAUAAGUAAGUUCCACUUCUCCUAAUAUAAUGUGAAAUGUGUCAGCAGUCAUGUCACAUGUCAGUUAACACAGUUUACUGCAGAACAACUCAUUUUUCCAAUGCAACAAAAGAGAAAAAUGAUGGAAAAAUGUAAUCCUCUUCUCCACUAGCAAACCCGAUUGGUCUUGACGAUGAACGAAAAAGAGCGACGCACAAGCUGCAAGUGCAAAGUGUAGAGAAUGACGCAAUUUCCUGUUUUUAUAACUUUUAAUAACUUUUUAAAAUGGAGCUGCAGAGAGAAAGCCUAGUCUAAUAAUAACUACAUGUCAACAUCGCAGUCGGGGGUGAGAAAAGUGUAUUUUCUGUGUAAUUAAUUUCUAAAGGCCGUCCGCGGCUCCAUUCACUUUGCUGGCAGUAGUGGAGUUUAUGACUUGUACUGCAGCCAGGCUCUAGGGGGUGCUGUUCUCGGAGUGGCUUCACCCGGCGAGAAGACAGACGGCGUCCAUCUUAUAUACAGUCUAUGGUGAUAACCAACUGAUCUGGUUUUGUGCCUCAAUUGUAACAUUAUACCUCUGUUGCUUAAAUCUUGCCACUUUUCAAUAAUACACAUUUUAACAAUUUUUAAACUACCAAAACUUAUUAAAUGACAGCUGCGAACACCAAAACCACAAACUGUAUAAAACAUGGAAGUAUUUUUUGUGGUGUCAACUAUUGGUUUCUGAAGAAGCGUUUAAGUCCCAAUGAUAGGCGGUGCAACACUGGAAAUGCUGACUCAUCAUAACCUAGAGAGGCAAAAAGGUGGGGCUUGGGUGGGCUGUUAUUAUUUUAAUUUGGGUUUUUUUGUGCCUUUACUUUGGGGAUAAGACAGUGGAUUGAGCAGGAAAUGGAGGAAGAGAACAGAGACUGAUAUGCAGAAAAGGUGAUGCAGGUUGGGAAUGAACCAGGGUUGUCCACUUAAAGCAUUACCUUAGUAUAUGGUUCAAGAACUUGGACCACUAGGCUAGCAGUGCCCAAUUCAGAUGGGUGUUAUGCCCCAUGGGAAACAGCUAAAACACACCUAUCUGUCAGUCAACCUAGCCAUACCCCUGAUCAUGUGAAUUUACAUAUGACUUUGACCUUUUACCUUAUCUUCACAGAUGCUUUAUAAAGAAUUCCUUUAAUGUACAUGGUUUAGGAAUAAAUAGCUGAGAUAUUUUCCCCAAACCAGUUUCUGAACUGUUUGGAAACAUGUUCAGUUUUAACUGCAAAAAGGAAAUUUUAACAUGAGACCCAAUGGGAUUUCUUUGCUUCUUGAGCCUGUCUCAAGUGGCCGCUCAAGAAACUGCAGCUCAUCCACUUCAUGGAUUUAUUAUUCAACAACAGAGAUUGCUACCUGGCCAGCAUUGACACUGGAUUGCUGCCUUGAUUAUCAAAUACUGAGGACAGAUUACUCUGCAGUGUUUGAUGAGGCUGGAGUGAAAAUCUGUUGCUGGUUCACAUUCUCUGAAACUCUAACAGCAGAUCCCUGAGACGGUUAGCCUGUGUCAGUUCAUAUAGUAAGAUGUCUUAUUUUUGGUUGUUGAUAUCAACAAACACAUCAGUGGAUUGAAAGAAAGCCACAGUUAUGUGACACCUGGCUGCAGAAGUCCCCCGUUGCUCAUCAACAUCAACUUCGGCACUGCCCCACAAACAUGUACCCAUGACAAGGUCCUACUCUUGUCCCACUUCUGCCUCCAUGUAACUAAGCCAGCCCUCUGUUAUGGUUUGUGUCUGGGAGUUCUCACACGUUGCUGGGAUCUCUCUUCCUUCCCCCUCCUCCCCUCCCCUCCUCCCACGCCUCAGAUAACAUGGCAGGGGUCUUCCCCCUGGAACUGUCCAGCUGCUUUAUCUGAGAAAUGACCAAUCACUUUAACAGAACACAGAUGUAUCUGCAAAGCGUCUUAGGGGCUUCCAAACAAUGUAGUUCACAGAUUAACUACUCUUAUGGACAACCAGUUUAAAAGAAACAAGAAGGAAGAUAUACAAGGUCAGAAAGGAAAGAAAACAAGUUAAGAUCAGAUGGCAGGAGAGACGGUUAGUAAAUAGAUAAACUCAAGAACAGUGAAAAAGACCCACGCUUCUAGGUUUUGUUUUGUAUAUUUACAUUAUAAAACAUGUAAUUCAUAGUCCUAAAAUGUACAAAAUAAUUAUGCAUUUGUCUGAAAUUAGACAUGAACUUCAGGCUUUAAAGGACCAUGCCAAGAACGUGCUACAGUAACUGCACACUUUACAGAUUGCACAUCUGCAAGCGCUCAUCUGCUCCUCUGAAGAGCUUCAACACUUGUGCAAUUUCAUUCACUCACUCUCACUCACCACUAUGUAUGGCUCAAAGAUGUGCGCAUGAAGUUUUAGUCUUUGUUCUCUGAAUGGGAGAGUUUUAUAUGCAUGUGUUGGCUGAGAGAUGUGACUGAGUGAUAUAAGAAGCAGUUUAUCCACCAUGGACAAGAGGUAUCUGUACAUACUUAUACAUACAAAUACUUUUCACAUGUAUGACAGCUCUUACUAAAGAAAGGCUAUUUCCUCUUGUUUUUCAUUCAGUUAUAAGAAAGGAUGUACACUCCUUUCAUGUCUGAGUUAUAAAGCUAUGGACAGGUAAUGGUAGGCUUAGUUGAACAUAAGCACGACAGUUUGUUCAUGUUCACCCAACAAGGGGCUUGUUUUUUCAUGGAAUUACAUCAAGCAGCAAGUCCAGCAUUCAAAACUGAAGUCAGUCCAGAAGUGUAAUUAACUGCAGCUCCUCAAGUGUCUACUUUAGACCAACGCCAAAACCCAAACGAUCCUUUUAGGGCCCAUAGUAAGACAAUAGUCUGAAGCUUAUUGGAGUCAGCACAUCUAAUAUGAUGGCUGCCACCUUUGGGCUUCAUAACACCUCUGUAGAAGUCAGUGAUGCAAGGAGGUGAAGUGUCCAUUAUUAUGUUAAAUGGCGAUUGUCCUAGAACGGGAAAUGUUAUAACUUUGUACAUAAAGUUAAACCUCACUAUUGACAGCUUAUCUUCAAGAGUUUUACUACACAUUUCUUCCCGAGCCGGUGAUGCAAUGACAUGCAGGAUUGCAUCCUUUAUUUUCCUUUCCUAUCGAUGUCGAUAAAGUUGUCGUCUAAUGACCAAAUUUAUGAGACCAGCCUCAUGUUCAGCUCUUCAGGUUGUCACUGCUGGAGGUAGAAAAUCAAAAAUAGUACAAUGUUGGGAAUGACGAUUUUAUUCAUGUUUACACCAUUCAAGACCUGCACUUUUCAACAUGUUGACGUCAGACACCCACUGGCCUAAUGACCAAUCAAUGGAAAUCUACAGAGACACACAAAGCAUGUAGUUGAUGACAAUAUCAGGUCGGGUCAUCAUGUAAAGUUUGUUAGUCAAUUUGCAAUAAUGACAGAGUGAAAUCUAAACAGAUUGAACCAAAUGUUUACAGUAUAAGAAAAAAAACAUGGAACUUAGUUCGGACGUUGGUCUAGACUUUCAGAAGUGAAAACACCCUAACAAUCCAUGUUGGUGUUUCAACCAAAAGCACAGUUUUUAUCUUGACCUAGCCAAGUCAAUUUGAUGUUAACUUUAAUUUAUUACUAUGUUUUUGGUAAGGUUUAUAUUCUAAAACUUUUUGGAUAGAUCUAGAAAAUGAUCCACAACAUGAAGUUAAGUCUGUAACUUCUACAUUAUCACAGGAACGGAGCUAGACUUUUUGGACCAGGCAGCCAAACUGGGGUUUUGAGUUUUACAGGAGUGGCAAGAAGUAUCAAUACUGGCAUUAAUUAAUUAUAUUUGUUUACCCGCUCUACUAGAACUUAAACAUCAAACGACUUACAUUCAAGUAUCAUACUAUCUUUACAUUCCUGUGUGAAUUGGCACAUUUGAAAGGUAACAGGCUGUGUCCACUGAGUUGGGGUUCGUUUGUUUGUUUGUUUGUUAGUUUGUUUGUUUGGUUGUUUGUUUGUUUUUGCACUGCUGGUACCCAUGACCUUGGUAUUAGAGUGCUUCACAUCAGUAUUUACUGUUCCUAGAUUGGUGGUACUUCCACCUCCCUCAGGAAAGAUCUGUUUUAAACGGUCACAUAAUGAUGGUUCAGGAUUUUAGGGCGGCAGUUGGUCUUACCACCCCAACCAGUCUUGGGCAGAUUACUAGCCAUGGCCACCCUUGACCAAACUCCAGUUGUGCUCCUGAAUGAUUGUUAAGAUUUGUCGUCUCAACAACAAGCAGCUCUUUCCUCAUCUUGUGUUUGACCUAUAGACCCCCUUACUGCACCCAGCCAACGGUUAUACUGGUGCAUGAUCUAAUAACAGCAAACUCUUACAGUGAUAAGGUUAUUUCCCAAACAUUAAAUAUUUCUUUCAGCAUGAAAAAAAAAAUGUAUACAGAAAUAUACAGUCAUGAGAGGCCAUUCAUUGUCUCCAGUUAAGAAUUUUCAAUAAGACUUGUCUUUAUUAAAGCUCCUUUUGUUGCAAGUAUACAGAAUAUUUUUCAAGUAGAGCAGUAUUACAUCCAAAACAGUUAAAAAAAAAUAAAAAAUCACAAAACGCUUACAUCACUUGUGCCAUGAAAGUUGUAUUAGAUGUAUGUGAGUCCUUCCACUCUGUUGAAUACUGGAUUUAUUACCUCAAUCUAAGCUCUUUGUAGCAGAAGGUGAGCCGGGGCUAAGAAAACAGACCAAGUGCACAGACGUAAGUCACUUCCUUUGGCCUCGUCAAAUAAUUUGGACAAGCUUGUAACUGUGAAACUUCAGUUUCUGACAAGGAAAACUAAUGUUUUCCUGAGUCGAUCCAUGGGCACCUUUUCAUUCAGGGGUUUGUUUUGGCUUGGCUUAAGCCAGAUGAAAGUUUAUUUUAGUCCAUAAAUUGCUUGGCUCUGAAGAAAAACCACCCAAGCAAAAUCCUGGAUGUAUCCGGCAAAGAAAUCCCCAAAAAAUAACAAGGGAGUUGCAGAGCAGAGUGGCACCAGUGAGAGUGAGAGAAAGAAAUAUGGAGAGCAGGAUGCUUCUUACAAGGUUGACUGAUCGCACCUCUCCCCCUGUGAGUCUGACCUUGGUCAUGUUACAGCAUAACACACGGCAGCUCUGAACCCUUUACUCUCUCACAUAAGUGUGAUGCAUAAGCACUCUGCACUGGAAGUUUGUACCAGUUAUAACCUGGUUGGAAUCCAUGAGAAGAGGAAAAGUAUGUGAUAUGAAGUAAAGAAAAGGUCCCAAGUUCAGUUUAAAUUCCUCUGAGGUCAUUGCCAUGUCAGAGCGGUCCCUUAAAAAACCUUAACAAGUAGGAAGUACACUUGUUUAAACAGUUCCAGAUGCUUCCAGUGAUUGGAUUAGUCGAUUAAACAUAUUCCAGUAUUAGACUAUAAACCUUAUUUGGUGUUCAGCAUGAUUUCCUACACUAAUUUUGCUGUAAGAUGGGUGACUUCCAAACCACUGCCACCACAGGUCUCUCAUUAGUGGGUAUGUGGGUGUGGGAGGCUGGUGAUUCAUGUACAUCUCUCCAUUCAUGCAGUCCUGUGCCCUCGCUCUUGUUUUUCUCCCAGUAUCGGAUGGCGCUCUGGCUGACCCCCCCGGCCCUGCCCCUGUAGUCGCUCCUCUUUUUCCCCACAUCAGCCACGUUCUCACCACAUCACGCUGAUGCAGAGGGGAAGACUGUGGUCGGGCAAUUAACUGAGCUCCUGCGCCGUGCCAAACAAAACUUCCUCAGCUGUUUUUACAGCAAAGUCCUUCAAAUUAUGGUUUUCAUACAUGCAGGGAGCGAAGCUGAGCCAUCUGACGUUACUUUGUCACUGUCACAUGUCACUCAGCUUUGAAUGCAGGGAAGUUUCGUCCUUGCUGGUGUUUAGGUGAAACAGUGCAAUAGUGGGAAGAAUCUCCUCUUGUUGAUAAUAUGUGGACAAGUUGAAGGAAUGGAUGAAUGAAGGUCUUUCAUUGGGGUUGAACCCCCUCCACCAAAGGUUAGCAGCUUGUUCCUCACUAUGUUCAAUCUUCAGUGCAAUUCCUGAUCGGACACUAUGUCAUAUUUGUGAUACAAAGACUCUGACUUUACAUCCUCUUCCGCAAAUUCUUUGUCAUAAUGUGUUCUUGAACAGCCACCCAACCAAUUUGUUUACUGGUCUUUUGGACCUAUUUUUACUUCGACAUCAAAUUCUAACAAGUUCUAUAAAAUCAGCACAAAUGUGAUAAUUGGAGUGGUCUAUUGCAGGCCUUGGACAGCCCAUGUAACCAAAUUUAAUUUUUAAAACAGAUUUAGUUUUUUUUAUAAGAUUUAUUUAGCCAUUAUUUGGGGAGGGCAGGACAGUGGACAGAGUAGGACACAGGGAUAGAGAGCAGGGAGUGGCAUGUGGAAAAGGAGCCACAGGCUGGAUGCAAACCCGACCACUUGGGGCACCUGUGUUGACAGCUAGGCCAGCGGUGCCCCCAGAAUAUUUUAUUUUUAUAUUUAGACCACAAAAAAUAACGGCCAUGCUCUUUAACUUCACGUGGAUAAGUGUCCUGGCCUCUUUAAACUCACAGUCUUGGUUUAUGGGCCAUUAAAUGAUGUCUUCAGCUCUGCUGCAGAUAUUUGCUCUUAGCGAAGAAGCUUUGGUAGUCUCAGCGGACGCUGGGUGAUACACUCUUGGUCUCGGUAGCAGUGUGCAAAGGUGUUGACUUGCAUUGGUUAACACUGAUGAGCACUUCACAAAACAUCAUCAAUGGAUGUUUGUUGACUACACAGUUAAACCUCAUCACCCGUACUAUCCAACAACAGAAUUAUUGAAUUUAGUGAGUUAUUAAUAUUCCACUGUAGGCCUGAAAGGCCACGAUAUACUGUAUCUGAGCUGCAGAGCAGUAACCCACUUACCAUUUACUGCCAAACAAGCACAACAAGACUGACCAAACCAUGCUAACCAAACUUAAUGCAUUUUGGACUUACAUUAAACAUGAGGAUAGGAUUUUAUUUACAUUUACAGCUUUUUUUAGAAUGGAUAUAUGUCAUUAUCAAGUUCCUGUUUUGAUUCACUAGUCCGCAAGCAGCCAAAAAAACAACCACUGAGUGUAAAUAAAUGAGUAAAUAUAUUCCGAGGCUACAAAUCUAUUAGUUAUUUUCGGUGAUGACUAAAACUUUUAGUUUAUUUUCUAGCAUUUUGUCCUCAUUAGAUAAGACAAGUGAAGAAAGAUGAGAAAAGUGGGGGAUAGAGAGUGUGAGAGGACAUGCUGCAAAGAGUCUUGGCUAGGAGUCAAACCAAUGACUGCUGUAACAGGGACAAUAGGUUUAGGCUAGGCAAUACACAAAACAAGACAAUUUUACCUUAAAUUGUCGGUUUAUUUUGAGUGAAUGGCUGAUGAACCUCCUAAAUGCUUCUGUUACACACCAUUUCUCACCUCUGCCCAGUCAAACCUUUUGAAGUCAACAUUUCCCCAUUCCUCAGUCCAGUCUGCAGUACUGACUGAGCUUUUCUCACAGAGGGUCUAUGUGGCUGAGGGGAGGAUGGGUUCAUUUAUUUGGUUACUUUGCUGUUGGCAGACGUCUGUGGAUUUAAAGCCUGUGAAUGUACUUCCUGGUGUGAUGACUUUGCAGGUGCGUGAGCAGCAGAAACACAGUUUUCUCAGCUGCUGUCAUUUCACGGAAUAAAUGUAGCGUCUGUUUGCUACAUGGGAAGUGCAAACAUCCGCUAUGGGAGUGUCCGCUGCCCCAUGCUGCUGUUUGCCCUGCAAGGUUAGGGCUACCUCUGUUUGUUCACCUUCGUCUCUGCUCCUCAGCACUUCCACUCUAACCCCACCUUUCCCAACAAACAAGUCACAGAAGCUUCAUCUGACAUGUUGAACAAAACACACCACUGUAUUAUUAGAACUUAUAAACUUAUAUCCUAUAUUUUGUCUUCUUCAGGUUAACAACAAUGGCCUCGUGUCUUUCCUGAGGGAGGUGUCUCAAUUCACACCUGUGGCUUUUCCAAUUGCUGGGGACAGGAGGGUCGUGGCGCCAUUUUGGGCUGAUGUUGAUAACCGCCGAGCAGGUAGAGUCUUCUACAGGGAGAGCCGGGAGCCCUCAAUUUUGAAGAGGGCUUCAGGAGACGUCAGGACAUACUUCUCAGACUUCCCCAGCUUCAAUGCUACAUGGGUCCUUAUCUCUACAUGGCACCAAGUUACCUUCUUUGGAGGCAACGCAAACACACCGGUAUAAACCUUCACUUCACUUUACUGCUCUCUUAUUUUCAUGUGCUGACUGCUGAAGUCAUUCUUUGUGAAAGUUUGAGGUGUCUAAAUCAGUGAUUCCCAGUUUUAUUUAAGGGGGUACUUGUGCAAAUUCUAUGUAAUAAUCAUAAUACAACAAUAUUUUUUCCUGAUUUGUUGCUUUAUAUGUUAUAAGAAGUGGGCCUGUGCAUUGUGUCCUGUCAGCCACAUGCACUUCAGAGCUUAUCUGUGCCCAUCAUCAUCUGGACUAGUGUUUCACAAGACCUUACUUUGGUAAAUGGGUCUGGAACCACUCAAUUUAUUCCUUUUUACAGGGGAGCAUGACACUGCACAUAGCAACAGUAAUGUAAACAGACAGCAGCAUGCAGAGGAAAGAAAUGUACCUUUCUCACCAAUAAAGAAGUUGUAGUUGUUCAGUCAUGUUUGAAUGAAAAUACAUCAUUGGGUUUGUCCAAAAAGGCCUCUGUGGUGGAUUCAGUGGACCCUCCACCUUCCAGCCAGCAGUGGAAGCUGCCAUCUUGGUGUUUGUUUACAAAUGUAUUGUUUACAAAUACCCUGAAGUGGUGCUCCUGUGUGGCCAUCUUACUUAAAGGAUUGUGAUUGACUUAGUUUAUCUGGGACUAAGGGGGAAUGUCUGGAAUGGCAGCAGAUCCAGACUCACAUGCCAGUGAAAACUAAUAUAAGCUGGCUUAUGGGUCUAGCAACACCAGCAAACGCAUCACCACUCUGUCACUAAGGGGUCUUAAUUGAUUUGAUUUUGUAGGGGGCACCCAGAGGGACAAAGGAUCAAACUGUAUUCCUUACUAUUAUUGCAUUCUGCCACAGGCAGUUAUUUAUGCAGCUGUGUAGCUCUUUCUUGUACCACCUGUUAUCACCCACCACCAUCAUCAGAACUGAGCACAGCCUACAUUAAUAGUCAUGAGGUACCACAACCCCUGACCAUUUCACAAAGACUUGCACCACCCCCUCCACUGACAUUAAAAUGUCCUUUCAAUCAAACCAACACUCUAUAAGGUUUCAUUGUGCACCACUGUACUCUAAAUGCAUGACAAUAACUUAUUGAGGUAGGAAAGUGUUUAACAGUGAUGCCACCAGACUGGUCCACCUCAUGAUCCAGCAUGCUUUGCAUGUAGGUGCAGUUGCUAGCUUCUUUUAGCACAACCUUGAGGCUACAAUAAUGUGGCACAAUACUUUGUCUAUCUCUGCACCUACCUACACAUGGGAUGCAACUCACGAACUAGAUGAUGAAAAAAAUGAGUAAAAUGUGUCUAAUGCUCUGAAUUUGAUGGUAUUUAUCAGACUUUACAUCACAGCUGCAUUAAUAACUAACGCACUAAUGAAUUGCUUACUUUGGUCAUGCAAGCCCACUCUCUCGAGCCUAUUACAAAUACAAGAGGACAAUAUCAUAACCUGAGAAAAUUAUCAGGCUUCAGUCUGUUAAUAUUUGUGACUGCAAAUUAGCUUUUUCCACUUCUUCCAUUCAGUCCAUGAGUUUAACAUAACAUCUACACUAAACAUGUGUUAGCAAAGAUUAGGUUUUUUUAAUCUAAUCUAAAUGGGAUAAGCAAGAAACCACUGGCGUAGAUAAACCUGGAGUCACACAAAACAGUCUUGCUGUUAAUGUUUAGAGACUGGAGUUAUUGUGUGAUUUAUUGGGUUUCCUUUCAAUGGUAAUUGUAUGAUGAUUGGAAUAUCUUAUCAGUCUCAGUCAUGGGUCCAGAUGAGGCGAUUUUUCCUCGAGCAUGACUGAGUCUGGGGAAUCUCUGUGGUUAAAAUGAAGUCUUUGAGAUGCAGUAUUACCAGAAUUCAUGGAAAUCAGGAAAUGUUUUAACCAAGCCUGUUCCUCUUCAUGCAGGUAAAUACUUUCCAAGUGGUGCUCAUUACAGAUGGAGAGCUUUCCUUCACUAUAUUCCAGUACAAUAACAUCACUUGGACUACAGGCAUGCAUGCCAGCAGUGGAGGAAACCUGGCUGGGCUUGGAGGGAUUGCAGCGCAGGUAAGAUCACAUGAUGGUUAUUUUUCUUUAUGGAAAUAAGAAAAUGAUCUCCUACCUGUGAAGAUGCACAUCACUGUUUUCAGCUUUUAUUCAGCUUUUUUUUUGAUGUCUUUCUCCUUGUUACUCUCUCCUCAGGCAGGUUUUAACGCUGGUGAUGGAAAGCGUUAUUUCAACAUCCCUGGCUCUCGCACAGCUGACAUUGUGAAUGUUGGGGGGACCACCAACGUAGGCUACCCUGGCAGAUGGGUCUUUCGUAUAGAUAAUGCCAACGUGGAAGUGGGUGGCUGCAAUAACUCAGGUAAACAACAGGUAAAUCCUGCAUCAAAGAGAUGACAUAGUUUCCUCCUGGCUGUCUUUAAACAAGGUUUCCUGUUACAUUGACCUCUUUCUGCAGCAUCCGUUUGCCCACACCUGAGACCAUGUCUGAACGGAGGCCAGUGCAUUGAUGACUGCAUCACAGGUAACCCUUCCUUCACCUGCUCCUGCUUGGCUGGCUUCACCGGUCGACGAUGCCAGAUAGGUGAGUUAUGGUCGACACUGUUUCCUGCCCUGUCACUGCUCGACUCACACUGCACUCUUUGAAUGAAAAGCCGUCUACUUGAGAUCCAGAAAAACAAAGUCAAGCCCUGCUAAAAAGAUAGAGGACACCUGGAUACUUCCUUAAUACCCUUGUUGCCUCAGAUGUUCCCAGACAAACUUACCUGGGGCAGCUGUUUUAUUUAAUUACAAGAGUCAUACUACAUACUCAUACUACAUCCUUUGUGUUUCUGCUUGUCUCUGCAGAUGUCGAUGAGUGCGCCUCGAACCCAUGCCAGAACGGAGGGACUUGUGAAGACCAGAUUAAUGGUUUUAUCUGUCAUUGCCCUUCUGGAUAUACUGGUAGCCAGUGUGAAACAGGUACAAAGAAGACUUUCCUUGUCCAUCUGUACUCACAAGGGAUGUCAUGACUUCAUUUCUGAAUUAAAGUCGUAUUAAGAUAGACUUAAGAUGUGAUCGUCAGAAUCAAAAGCAGCACCUGCAGGUCUUAAAAUAUUUUUUUUUUCGUCUUUUAGCAUCUCCAAAGCCAAAAAAAGUCAAAAGAUAGUCAGCUUAGCCAACAAGUAAGGUGCAGCUGCACUUUUAGAGACACUGGCCCUCAUUUAUCAAUCUUGCGUAGAACUGAGCGCAGAUCUGAGCGCAGGAUUCAUAAUAUGAUAGGACACACGUGAGAUUUAUGAAAGGGUUCGUAUCUGACCAAUCCUAGCGUACUUAUGAUCGGGUUUGGAUAAAUGCGGCGGCUGAAAUAGAUCGUCAUUAACAUGUUUACGCCCUUAAAUAUUCGUGGUUCAGAAGCCUCGCCCACUGAGGUCAAACAUGAAAGAGGAGAAAUAUUAGAAAGAUUCGAAACUUUUCUGAAAGAGGAUAUCCUCGCGUCUGUGGUGGAAACUAACAAGGAUUUGCUCUUUGGAAGCAUCAAAACUCAUAAAAAGCAGUCCAGAAAACUCCUGUCUGGAGCAGGAUUAUGGUGGCGCUGAACAGCGCUGCCGUGGAAUAGUGGACAGUGGCUGAAGUUUGAAUAAAUCAUUAGUCAAUAAGUUGCUCAUGAUAAUAAUUUAAUAUCUCAUACAUGCUUCAUAUUUUUUAUUGCCAUGACAUAGGGUACGCUGCUCCUAUUAUUGAAAGUAUUUAGUUUUAAUUUGUUUGUCUGACAGUCUGUCGGAUGCUGAACAAAAAUAAUUAUAAACCUCACCAAACGGUGUGUUGCUGCCCCUGAGGCACAUUUUAUGGAUUUCUAUUUGAAUUUUAACACUGAUUAAAUAGCAAAAGCACUUUCUAAACUUAUACUUUACAUGUCGGAAUCCAUCGAUCCGGUCCUGUACAGCACCUUUGUGGAGUCUCUCCUAGUUAUUGUUCUCCAGGCAUCGGGUCCUCACGUUGCACCGGCACAGCCAACUGCACUCCAUUCGUCAGUGCAACAUUGUGCAAAACUGAACUGGCCUAAAUGAUGUCCCACAACCUUUCAGGAGUGAACAAAAACGUCCCCACUGCUGGGCCAAGACAGAAACACCUGCCUUUUAUGCAGCGCUCCACCGUGGCCCGUGUGCGUGUGUGCGCAUUGUUAAAACAGCGCUCCUGCUCUGUGGCAGUGUUUCUGGGCAGAGUUAUCAAAUAGGCCUAUUCACGAAAGACAUAACAGAUUUCUUUGAAUCGUACACGAUGUCAGACCUGUCGUGAGAUUUGGUCUCAGUGUAUGCUCACGUGCAGAUCGAUAAAUGCCGAUCCUCACAAGGUGUACGUAAGUUUUUUGCCGUACGCAAGCUUGAUAAAUGAGGGCCACUGUGACUACUGCAGAUGUCACAGAUGACAGAGAAAAAACAGUACUGGAAAAUUCUUCUGCUUCACUUUUGAAUGCUCAGAAUCAGUUUUUAAAUCUCUAUACUCUCAGGUUAACCUCAGGGCGGAGGUGGUUGGUUUAUUUAUACACAAUGCUAAUUCUAAAAAGGCUUAGAAGAAAUAUGACACAAGCUGCAGUAAAAAAAAACAAAAAAACAAAAACAAAUGCAUGCUUAAAAUGUGUUACAAAAGGAAAGGAAACAUGAAUAACACUGACACACUUAAAUUGUCUUUGUCACAUAGUGUUACAUCACGAAGGCCUUUACUGGGAUAUUUAAAUUCAUCACACUGGUGAAAUGCUCUGAUUUAUUUCUACUAAUAUAUGUGUGCUAAGGGCUUAUCUCCAACUAAUGGUGUGAACAUAUUCAGAAUAACAGUAUGCCCAUGUUGCUAACAAAGAUGUCAGAGCUGUCUUUUCUUGAACCAAAUCUGUGAUAAUAGAAAAUGACUUCUUAAACAUGUUAUUUUAGGGGCACUGGUUUGGCUUGGUGGUUAAAGCUCUCACUCUAUGAACAGAGGCAAUGGACCUAGUUACAGUGGUUGCUGGUACAAAUCCCUGCCACACAUUAUUACUGCUUGUCAUCUAUCACUCUCUGCUCUCCACCUUUCUUGUCUCUCUUCAGCUAUGCUGUCUAAUGAAGGCCAAAAUGCUGAAAAAGUAUCUUUGUAAAUUGCAAAGACUGAAAUUUAGAUUGCUGCUGGCUAGGUGUCAGCCUGCAUGUAACCAAAAGAGCCAUGUAUUUUUUACAAUAUCCAUUUCAAGAUAUCUAAUGAGAUGUAGAUUUUAACGCUGAAAUAAUGAAGGAUAAGAUAGUUGCUAGAAGACACAACUGACACAUCCACAGGGCAAAGUCCGAUGAAGUGUCAACAGCAUUUGGAGCACCCAUGCCAGGUUUGGGGGUACAAGUAGACGCUAAAUAUGGUGAGAUUUCACAAUGAGUGCGCAGAAACUUAAUAUGUAGUUCAUGCACUGACUGUAUAAUAACUGAAUGUAGUUUUGGUGACGUGCCCAUUCAUCUGAAGCAGAGUUUUAAAUGCUAUUGGCAGCAGUCGCCAUAUUGGAAAAGCUGAUUCAACCCAACUUUAGCUGACCCACCAGGUGGACCUUCUCAAAAACUAGCAAGUGUUCACUUGUCAUUAAACUCUCCCUCUGAUUCCCCAGUCUCUUAAACUUUACUCAAAACAAAGGUGUUGUAAAAAAAAAAAAAAAAUCACUUCUGCAUAAUGGGUGCUGUGGGAGUCCUCAGCUAAUUAUACAAAAACUGUUCCUUGAACCAGACUGUAACUGUGUACAUAUUUGCUCUAAAUCUGACAUUUUGAAUGAGUGCACAUGUGGUUCCCAGUUCUUCUGCAGCCAGCCUCUAGUGGCCACUCAGGGAACUGCAGUUAUUAGCAUUUCUGUAUCGGCUUCAUUUCACUAACCAGAUGUUGCUGCAUGGGUCCAUGGCAAGCAUGAGUUGGCACUUUUACAGACAAUGGUCUUAGAAUUGCAGCCUAAAAAUUGCAGUCCUGAAUUUGCACCCCCUUGGUCGGCAGACUCAUGCUACUCACAGAGGGGGAAAGAGAUAAGAGACACUGCUUUAUCCACAAGGGGCGCUGAAUUCUUGCAAACUAAAUGUUCACCACAGGAGCUUUAAACAGCACAUAAAAAGAUACCUACAUUUUAUUUUCUAAAAUCCAGUACCAAGAAUUUACCUUGAACAUGCUGAUCUAAUCUAAUUGUGAAAAUUUUUUAAUCCCUAGUCUUUUCUGUCGGCUUGUUUAAAAAAGAUUUCUGACCUGGAAAUGUCUGAUUAAUCAAAAUAAUUUUGUGCCUCAUUGAGCAAUUUCCAAACAAAAAAGUAUUUAAGAAUCUCUGUUCCCAUUCCCACCGUUCAGCCUGUGGAGAUGUUUCAAACCUCUUCUAAUACCUUUCACAGCCAGCAGCACAUACUUGCAGAGUGAGGGGAGCAGUGUGGCGGAUAUAUUAAUCAGCUGAGUAAAUAUUCCGUGUGUGUGUGUGUGUGUGUGUGUGUGUGUGUCUGUGUCCCUGUGUGGUGUGUGUAUGUGUGUGUGUUUGUGUGUGUGUGUGUGUGUGUGUUGUAGACAUUGACAAGUGCAGAGACAGGCCGUGCUUCAACAACGCGUCAUGUGUACAAGGCAGUGGCAGCUUCACCUGUGUGUGUGAACCCGGGUACACGGGUGUCCUGUGUGAGACAGGUGAGCUGGGUUUUUUCUCACUCCGGGGAAAAAGUAGGCACCAUCCUCCAGAGGAAAUAUCUCCGCUGUUUUUCACAUCAAACUGUCCUCUUGGCAGCUGUUUCUGUCCAAAGCUUCCCAGUCUACCUAGACAAAUGGGUCUAAGUUGAGGAUACAGUUCAUUUCAUUUGCAAUUACAAUUCAUCCUUUUCUUCUCUGGGGUCACAGUGAGAAAUGAGAAAGUUCACUGAAACCAGGUCUGUUUGCAGAGUCCUUUCCUAAUCUUGUUUGUCUGGUGAUUGAUUGCUGAUAGAAAUUGAACCUAACAGGGAAUUGAAUUUUCAGACCCGGCACAUUUCAUGAAUCCUUGUAUCUACAUGAGACAGGAUUACUCUUUAAUACGAGACACCUGCUCAGUGAAACUUUAUGCUCUUAGAGAAAAGGUUCAGUGCGCUUAAUCCAGACGACAGCCUUGUGCUUUUCCAAGAUUCAAGAUUGAAAAAUCAUCAUGUGAAACUGAAUCAACAGCUGAUAAACUUCUCCUGUCUGAUGGGCUGACUUCUUCUGCAUCCAACAGACAUAAACGAAUGCGAGUCCCAGCCCUGUCUGAAUGGAGGAGAGUGCAUGGAUCGGAUGGCCAACUUCACCUGUAUAUGUCCGGCUAACUUCACUGGACUGCUUUGCGAGACAGGUGACUGUUAUUCAAAAUGAAUUUUGCCAGAAAAGCAUGCUUGGAAAAAUGCUUCCUGAGAAAAUGCUGACAUACUUUAGCCUGUUAGUCCUACUUUUGCCUUGGCUUCCUGUAAUGAAGCAUUCUUCCAACUGGGCCAAGCACAAAGGGAAUCCAAUCAUACCUCUCUGAGAUCAAAACCAGUAUUUAUGGCCAUGAACUUUGUUCCAGUGAGCUGGUUCUGUUGCACCUCAAUUGUUCUUAAAUUUUUAGCAUUAUUAAGACUGCAUAGAUUUACAAUGUGUAAUUCUCUUGUAGCACAAACUGUGAUCUGUGUUGUGAUUUAGCUAUAGCAGAAAGCACUUCUAAUGACCAGUAUUGACAGGUUAAUGAGAGAUACAAAUGUAACUGAGGUUCUAUGAAUUCUUCCUGACUGCCAUAGGCGGUUCUUAACACUAGAUAUCAACACUGUCAUAUCAACAAGGUCGUGUGCCCAGGGAUGACCUAUGACAUAACCUGCCAGCGUCACCCUGAGUGACAUCCCUACAGAAUCUUCUCACAAGAUUCGGAGUGACAAAGAACUCUGGCGAUCAUCCAGAAUUCAUAAAACUACAGUUACACCACCAAAGGCGGUUCUUAACGGGCAGAGGAGUAGAGUGUAGCCCAGGAUGCUGCAGCACAAACUUCACCCAGGGGAACUCCCUUGAGUGCAGUCCAAGAUGUAGAGACACUCCUGGUUGAAUGGCCCUUGACCUUAAGAGGCCUCUCUUUUGACCUGUAUGCCUCCUCAAUAUCCUUGACAAUCCAUCUGGAAAGCCUCUAUUUGGACAGAGCCUGCCGCAUCCUAUGGCUUCCAUCCCAGACAGAUUAUCAAAGGUCACCUGUAUAUAGAGUUUCAAUGCUCCCACAGGACAGAGCUGUUCAGCUGAAGCAACUCCCCCCUUCUGCAGGGAUGAUGGCUCAAAAGCUGCCAGCUCAAUAGCCUGGUUGAAAUGGCCUGAAGCCAGCUACUCCAGGCCAAAGUGCUACUCCUGCACCACUUCCUCCUGCACAUGCAUGCAUCCCUCACUGACAAGGCAAGGAGCUCACUCACCUAUUUUGCUGUCACCAUUGCAAGAAGAAAGGCAAUCUUGCCAGACAGUUAUUUUAUCCCUUAGACCCCCUUUAGGGUUCAAAAAGCAAAAGGCAAAGGGUCUACAGCACUAAGGGCAGGUCCCAUGAGGGAACUUUUAUAGCCUGCUUAGGGUUCAACCGACGGGCUCCCCUGAGAAGCUGGGUUAUAAGAGUGUGAAAACCUAGGGUCUGGUUAUCAAUUCUAACAUGCCAUGCUGAGAUUGCAGCCACAUAAAUCUUCAAGGUGGAGACAGAGCACCUUUUCUCCAGCAAGGACUGCAAAAAAUGCAGCACUUCCUGUUGACAAUGAGUGUCCUUAUGGAGGGUGCUGUUAAGUACUGAGUAGUGCCCUCGGGCUCCCACAGGGCCACACCCAUAGCUGCAGCCGUUACGUACACAGAUGCUAUAUGCUACUCCCCAAACUGCAACAGCAGGCCCCACCUCCUGGGCAAAUACCAUGGAGCCCCAAUCAGGAGCUCUUACAUCCGUGGAAACCAGAGUCUUCCUGGCCAGUUUGGGGCUAUUAGCAGGAAGCUGUGAUUGUUCUGUCGCUCUCUGUGUAGCAUUGCUGCUAUCAGAGGGAAUGGUGGAAAGGCAUCGAGGAGGCAAUCUGGCCAAAUACUCGACCUGCGCAUGCAUGAGACAGAGAUCCUGUGUUAAGAACUACCUCUGGCAGUCAAGAAGAAUGAACUAGAACUGAUGGGGAAUAUUUUGCAUUUAUAAAACAAGUAAAAUAUCCAAGUUGAGGGGAAUGAAGUCGAGGGGUGAUUAAAAAAACAACAUCAUUUUCUAGUUCUUAGCACCCUUGCAAAAGAAAUUUUUGUAAAUUGAUUCAAGGUUUUAAAAAAUUAUGAUUUAAGGCUUGUUUAGUGCUGCAUCCUCCUCGUAGCUUUUUAACAUCAAGGUCAGAGCUUGCUCAGUAGGGCUCAGUCUCACUUCAGUGCUCUUGAGAAACAUUAUCAGCAGUUUAAUGUUUUUGCAAAUGCAAAGUAUCCUAGAGGUAUGUGACAAAUUAUACUUACAGAUAUAACUAAUAUAGAUAGAACUUUAAGAUCAUUUGUCAGCACCAAUUUAUGCAGAAUUUCAUGUCUUCUGGUGUUGCCCUAUCAGUACAGCCUCACCACCUCCCUUUCAGGUUGGCAGUCUCGCUAUGUCUGAAACUUAACAGCCUUUACCUUAUCUAAUUCUUCACAGAAUUUUAUUUGGUUGCAGCAGUAGUCAGUUAGUAUGUGUUUAAGUAGUUUACAGCUUGUUGGAACACAGAACUAGAGGUCUUUUUUCUCUACACUGUUUAUUAACUGACUGAUGAAGAUGUAAAUGCUCAUGCUCUUAGGUGGUAAGCACAUGCUUCUCGGACAGUUUUUCUUGCCUACAAAUUACUAAUUAAUGGGGCAUGCCUGUUGUCCAGUACUGUGCAAACUACGGGCUGCAAUAAGUUUGUACCAUUACUAGAAUUACUGUAGAGAGCAAAUACAAGCAAAUAGCCGUUAGUAAGGAAGAAAUUUGAUUCUAAUUCUGAUUUAAUAUUUUACAACUUCCUUACAAUACGAUAUGAUACGAUACGUUACGAUACGUUACGAUACGAUACAAUACGACACAAUACAAUACAGUACUCUUUAUUGUGCCUGUUGAGAAUCUGGUUUUGGACUCAAGUGCUGCAGACAUUUUGCUGCUUCUAAAUUAGAAUUGUAAAUACAAAAAAAACAACCCACAUGUAAACAAAGACACAAAAGUGCCUUUAAAUAGGGUGAUAUAGUGAUUUAUAACAACAUGAGGCAAAAAGAUGCAGUCCAUGUGAAUGGGAAACAAGUAAAGCGAUGCCACCGAUGAUUUGAUAUGUGUAGUUUUGCCAGAGCAACAGAAACACGUUUGUAAAUGUUAUAAUGUAAUUCUUUUUUUUCCUGUGAUGAGAGUGUAUUCACCUCUGUUGCACUCGGAUUGUGAAAUAAACAUAAAUCAGAGACUUUAAUCCCCAAAGCAUACCAAAUAAAUCCCUAAGUAUCUGUUUUGACAUUUACCACCACAAGUAAGGGUUGAAAUUAUUAUUAUUAUCAUUCUAUUUGGAAGAACUAAACCUGUAAAACACGUUCUUGUUUUCCUCUCACAGAGCUGGUCGUGCUUCAGUUCAAUUCAACUGAGGCAGAAAACCAAACAGGUAAAAGCAGGCACAGCUACCGCAAAAGUGUUGCCAGAUUUUUUUCCUCUACAUAUAGUUUGAGUCUUUAAGUUUGAGCCUGACUUUCUUUUCUAUAUGCAGCCUCGUGUGAGGAGGAAGACUGCAAGACACACCAGAUCUGUGAGCACAGCAGCUCUGGAAUCAAGAACUGCACGUGUGCUGAAGGCUUCUACGGUGACAAGUGCGAAGGUAUUGUUCACUUAAUGCAGGAAGCUGAGCAGGUAGAGAGCAGACUGGGGUAGUUAAAGAGAAUCUCUGCUAUCCCACAGGAAUUUGGAGCCAUGCCCCUGGAAGAGGCUGCUGUGAUGAUGGAUUAUUGUAAUUAUCAAAACUGACACAGCCUCACCCGGUUUACUACGGGAAUCAGUCGCUUGAUGUUGUGAAUAAUUGUUUUAUAGCACAUUUUUAUUAGUUUACCAACAAGAGGAAGUGCUUUGUCUAGACUUGAAAAGGCCUCUUUAUGAGUCAAAGCUGCUCUUUGGUAUUCAGGUCAUUUCUUCAGACAGAGCUGUUGAAAUAUGCAUGCUUCCACACCGCUACUUGCUCCUCUGGAAGUUAGCCACUACACCUCACUGGAGGUUCAAGCACAGCUGCUGCUUGCAUAACCAAGGGGCAAUUUAAACACAAAAUAUGUAAAACUCAAUCACCCUCUACUAAUGCUUCAUUCCUUCCUUUCAUAGAUGCAUAUUAAGUCAUUCAACUUAAGGUUUUUUGCUUGGAUCUUAUUGUAUUUAUUUAGGAAAUGACCACUGAGCAAUUAAAGCCAACUUAGGCUCCCAUGAGAGGUCAGUGUCAACCUCUGAUAACAGUCACUGCAAAGUUUUUCCCCCAUCACAAGCUCUCUAAUAGUAUUUGAGCUCAUGCAAAUGCAUGCUACUUCUCACCCUUGAGCUGAAAUAACUAUCUGUGCUUAUAUAGGCUCUCUUAAAUCUUCUAAAUACUUUCCUGCCUGGCUCACUUGGAAGGCACAGUGGAAAAAGGAGCAUGAUCCUCCAAGGAAGAGAAAGUAGUGGGACACAGAAGUGCCUAAUCAGGUUCUCAGAUCAAAGGGCCCGGGCUGCACAGGUGGCCAAUGAAAAGUGUGUCUUGCUAAUUAACAAUCCAUUAAUUACCCUGAGGCACAUACAUUUUACUCGCAAAAUAUGCUCCAUAUCAUCAGAAAAAUAAUGCCCUCCACCGAGCUCCCGGGACUUCAAAGGGGAACCAUUUAGCUGCGAUACGGCCAUGUCCUUUGAUCCACCGCUGCAACUAGGAAGCAGAGGAAAAUAAAAACAUUCCUACCAUUUGUACAGGGCGGAUGUGCAGCAUGCUGAUUGGUAAUCUUCCAGUCCUGUGAACUGUGUUGGAAAAGAGAAAUGACAGCAAAUCAAUACGAAGUUUACAGUAAAGCAGAUGAAAGACACUCGGCAUAUGGUACACAUGUUGACCAUUUAUGCCUUCUGUCUUUGUUUACACUCAGGCCAGCACUGUAACAUAAUUUCAGGACCUGCUUUCAAGUCGAUGCAGCAGACUUUCCUCUCUCUGACAUGCACGUGCUCUCUUCUUUCUCUUUUCCUGUGUCUGCAGAGGAGUGUCUCUGCCAGAAUGGGGGUGUCUGCGUGGACAACAAUGGGACCUGUAAAUGCCCAUCAGGUUACACAGGACUCUACUGUCAGUUUGGUGAGUAUGAUACUAAUAAUGCUAUUAAGGUGUAGGGCUGAGUUUGAGCAAGAAUCUCUGGACAUGGUUCCUAUGGGACAAGGGUUAUAUUUCAAACUAUUGUGGUGUGAGAUUUAAAGGAACUGUCACUGUCAAAGAUGCGUGUUUGACAUUUGAGUUUAAGGUUCUUCUUUUCUGCAAAAAUGCAGCAAAAUGUACAAUUGUACUUAUCACUGCCGCUGACCCACUGUUCUGACAGUCUCAGCAAAGGAAUGAACAUGUAACUUUAUCAUUAAAAACCAAAUCAAUCUUAGCACUACAACUACAUUUUGAAACCUGUGCUGUAUUACAAACAAAUACCGGGAUACUGUGGUAUUAGGGUGACAACUAAUAGAAAAUCAAAUAUCAGUAGGAGUGCAAUGGGUUAGUUCCUCCACAGGUUUCAGGUGGGAAUUCACAAAGCUCUGCAGUUUUUUUGCAGUUUUCUUGCAUCUUAUUGUGAGUGAGAUGAGCUGUCAGUUUCUCUCUGCUGCACAGAGCUGCACUGUGAGGUCUCAUCCUGAAAACCCUUAUUAUAUCCAAACACACAAUGAGCUGGAUGUGGACGAGUAAUCCUUACCUGUUUAUUGGGGAUUUGAUUGAUGGCAGAUGUGACACAAAUUUCCCAGUUUUUAUCAGUCUCAUUUCUGAAGGGAGUUUGUAAAGCAGCUUAUUCAUAUUAGAAGUAAAGACACAGUUUUCUGUUUAUUUAAGGUACUAUAAGGAGUUUUUCAGUGUUUAUGAAAUAGACUGAAAUUCUCAUUGAUGACUCUUCAUGAUAUCCAAAAGUAAAAAAGAACAUCAGGGACAAGAUUGCGUAUUUGUAUGUAGUCAUUUUUAAUGCCUGAAACCAGUGCAACAGGGCAGGUGUCAGCCAGGCAGCUAAAAAAGCCAUUUUCACAAAAAAAUAUUCACCAUAAAUAAUGCAUUUAACUGUCAAAGUCAGUUGUAGUGCUGCAUGGUAUAUCAUUUUAUCGUCGUCAUCCUGAUGUACGUGUGCGCAACACUCACAUUGCAGAGCCUGCCAUAUAGUAGGCAAAUGAACUCACCUAAUUUUUAAGGGUAGCUGACUGACAUACACUGCAUGUGACUCUGCAUGUGCUGUGCAGUGAUCCACCAAUCACAUUCAUACUCAGCUGCCAAUCAGACUACCCUGCCAGCCGUCAAUCAAAAUCAGAGAGGAGGAAACCACGCCCCUGCACAUGACCUGCACACUGAGUGAGUCGCUGGCACUGCUGGUGUUGAGCUGAGAAACGCGUGUCCGCUGAGAAUUACUUUCGGAACAUUACUCAUCACUGUUUAGCCCCAGAAAUAAGAAUUGUUUGGGUUUUAAAUUGUACAUUUCCAUGGACCACGGAUCUUCUAUAAGAGGUGCGCGUUUCCACGAGGUGCAUACAAUUCUUGGUGGACAUGCGUUUCUCGGCACAACACCGGGAACAACAAUGCUUGCAAAAUGAGCAAUGAACAAGAAAAAAAAAAACAGAAUAUGGAGACUUGUUGCUCAAAAGUAAAGCAACGUCAGUUAUCUGGAAUUAUUUCAGUUCCAAGAAGAAUGAUGUCGACCAAACAAACAUGUGUUCUGUGUCGGCAGUACCUUUCAUUGGUUGCCACAAUGAGAAAUAACAAGUCCCAGCACAAUAAAAGCAAGCUAAAAAAUAUCUCUAAGAAAGACAGAAGCCAUUCUAAUAACAUUUACAAAAGAUAAUUGUCCACAAGACUUCAGCAGUGCAGUGUAACAUAAAGUGCUGUGUGUGUGUGUGUGUGUGUGUGUGUGUGUGUGUGUGUGUGUGUGUGUGUGUGUGUGUGUGUGUGUGUGUGUGUGUGUGUGUGUGUGUGGUCAUAUUGGCAACAAUACUCAGUCCAAACGAUCAAGUUCUGAUGAAAAGCUUUGGCUCUGUUUGAAGCUGAAAGUGUAGAACCAGGACCCAUUUCCCCAAAAAGCAUGAACUUGUCUUCCUCUCAGAAGUAACCCAGACGCCAUGCAGUAACAGCAGGCCAUGCCCUGAUGGAGGUCCUUGUUUGGAGUAUGGAGGAACUUACCUGUGCACCUGUCAGACCAGUGGAUCAGAGCUCGAUCCCAAGGACAUUUACCCAUAUGGUAAGACACUCAGGCACCAACCCAAUAACAAGUCAUUCUGCAGCUAUGUGUCAUUGCAUCAGUGCUGGUUGCUGUGGCUACCAGCACAUUCUUAAACACACUGGUCUGGACAACUGUCACCCUCUCCUUCUAAAUAAAUGGUCUUAUUUGCAGUUUACAUUUACAAUGUGGAGACACAUUUCAAAAUGAUUUAUGCCAAUGGAUGAUUUUGCAUUUUAUCCAAUCUGGGAGUGACAAAUAAUGUGUGUGUUUAUAAGUCUGGGCCUAACACUAGAUUAAAGUAAUGAAUGUGGUGUUAUGUUUCCCCAAUGCAAAUGGAACACAGUCAAGUCUCGGUGUGUAUUUUUCAGUACAGCCCCGAUCAGUCUGCGACUCCUCCCCGUGUCUAAAUGGAGGCUACUGCUACGAGCGGGAUGGAGGCUACAGCUGCGAAUGCAAAUACGGAUACUGGGGGAAGCACUGUGAAAAAGGUAGCAUUUUUGAGGAAAAAAGCUUGCAGAAUCCCAUCAUUAAUCAUGCAUUAUUACUCAGACUUAAAUGCACUAGGAAAUGUGCCAUUACUCACGAUAAUAUUUGAUAUACUACAAAGCUAAAAGGAUUAUGGUAAAUUGUGCUUAUGAUUGAGUUUUGAGCUGUUUUCCUGACCCAAACUGUAAUAGACUGAGUGGUACCAACUUCAAGGACUCCACUCUCCUUGUCUCUUUCCAGUUAGACUUAAUGCCUGUGCUUCUGGUCCCUGCCGCAAUGGAGGUUCCUGUAAGGAGGAGGCAGGGAGCUACAGAUGUGUGUGUCCUUACAGAUUUACCGGGAAACACUGUGAAGUGGGUGAGUGCAAACCUCAUACAAAAAAAACAAGUGGUCAGUGCAACUGUUGCAGUUGAGUCUCAGCAGAGUUCUCAGGGUUUAAGUCCAAGUUGCACCACCAAAUACAAAUACAAGUCAGGUCCUAACUAAUAAUAUGGUGAUUGUUUUCAUGUGCUGUUUGACUCCACACUAUUCUCUGUAUGAACCUGGACAGACUGUGUGCGACCUUUGGAUGUGCAGAAAACAUUUUUUUAAUUAAUGUGUUAUAGUAGACUAUAGUAUAGACUUGAAACAUCAAUAGGGAGUGAAAAUACACCCUGUUGUUCACUUUUAGGAAGACCCAAAAGCUGUGGUUGGAUCACUGCAGUUGUCUAGUAAACUUAAAUAUACCUGUAACCUUUAUACAAAGCAGAAUAUAUAGAACUAAACAUCUUUGACCAAGUGGUUCUGUCACUCUGGUUGCCAUCAUUUCUGUUAGUGUGCUUACGGUAGCGUAAACAACACUUUGACUUUGACUUUGAUACUGCUCUUAGUUUUCUCUCUGUUUCAGUUUAAGGUGGUCUGCAUCCUCUCUUUAUUAACAUAUCCAACAUGCUGCACUGCUCUUGCUUCGAUUUACAGCGAAAUGCUGUAUCAGCGGCACACAGAUGCCCUUGUGGGUUAGCACACCCCACUUUUGGGGACCCCAGUCCCUGCAGUGGUCGCAGGUUCGAGUUUGCUCCCGACCAUGUGCCGCAUGUCCUCCCCCCUCUCUCUCUAUUGCUCCAUACUUCCAACCUGUCCUAUCAAUAAAGGCAAAAACUCACCAAAAAAAAUACUUUUUUUGAAAAUGCUGUAUUAGUGGUUCUUGUUCGCACCAAUCUGUUUUAUUGGUGCUCUUCUGUAUUAGCAUAAUGCUUAACAGUUUUUACCAACUGUUUUGCUUUGAAUUACUGAGUGAUGAUGUGUGAAACAAUCUUGUUUUUAUGUGAGGCGUAGAAAUGACGAAUAAAAGGAAUCUGUCAUUUUUAACUGAAUGAGCACAAAACAAAGAUUCACUGGCAGAAUUAGACGUAUAAAGACAUGCACUGCAGUCAAAGGACAAAGUCACAGAUUUGGGGACUUAUAAGAUGAUUCUUGAAGUUCCUGUGAGGAACUCUUAGUUAAUGUUGAUUUGGUGACUCCUGUGGACAAAGCGUUGUGUCUUGCCCCUGCUGAUUUUGUCCUGCUCUUGAAUAGGUAAUGUUUUCAGACAAAGGUAAACUUAUCUCACUAGCUAUGCUGUAAGGAAUAUGAACAAAUUGUGUUUUUCCUCUAAACCUUACCUGUUGCAGGCAAACAUUCAAUCAUGUAACUGAUGGCCUUGUUUGCUUUUGCUUUUUCCUUUUGCCUUGUUUUUGGCUGAAUUGUGAAUUCUUUUCAUUAGAGGUAGGAUAGAUUUCAUCAACUUAUCUUUGUAUCCAGCUUUUCAAAGUAUCUUUCAGGAAAUUAUGGAUAAUUCAACACAUUACAAUUUGACUUUGACUAAUCCUGAAAGGAGAGAUCACAUUAACUUUCAGCUCAGAGCUUUUUGCUGGCUUCCUUUGCCUUUGGGGAUUUAUUUCUGACUCCUUUGACUUGUUUAUGAAGCCUCAGAUAACCUACCAGCUUACUUACUGGUAAUAAGCAACUUCCUACGAGCUCAUGUUCAAACAAGAACUCUCAGAUCUGCCACUGCCUUUCUUUUAAAUGAAAGAAGCUUCCUGUUUUUAUGGCCCAAAACUGUGGUAUCUUUGAAAUCUAACACCUCUUUUGAGCUGGCUUUUAAUUUUUCAUUUCAUUCCCAUUUUAUUAACAUUUGUAUCUGUUAGUUUUUAUACUUGUGUUUCUUUUCAUUUCAGUUUGCUUUUGUUCAAACACUUUACAACCCAGUCUUGGAAAGUAUGCUAAGCUACCUUUUUACAUUGAAGGUAUUACACAAACAUGAUAAUUUUUAUCACUGAAAUAAUUACUUGCAUGUGUUUUUUUCCUCCAGGUAAGCCAGACCCCUGUGCCUCAAGCCCCUGUCUGAACGGAGGGACGUGUUUUCACUACAUAGGAAAGUACAAAUGUGAAUGCACUGAGGCCUUCAGUGGCAGGCACUGUGAAAUCAACAUGAGCUCGUUACAAACUUCCACAGGUGAGCCGCAAAUCAUGUCUUUCAACAUGAUAAUGCUAACAUCUGAUGUUGAAGUUUGAAUGAAGUGGGCUGGAAUAAAUCUGGCACAGAGAGCGGAUAUCCUGGGAUGUUCAGUCUAAAGAUAUGUGCCCUCCAUCUGCAGAUAAUAUUAGCUGUGUUGCUGCACUCAGGGCCCCACAUUCACAGAUACAGAACAGUCGCAUGGGCUAAAUAUAAAAAAGGACGGUAUUAGACGAGAUGAAUCAUGUCUACACACUUUAAGAGCAUGCUGGAGGUAAUAUUAGAGGGACCGAAACAGAAAAAGGAUGGAAAACACCGUCACACUGAGCCCCUUUUAAACCCCCUCUGUGUCUGAUCUGGUGUUACUAUGCAGCCGUGCUCACGUCACAAAUGUGUUUGUGUUCAUUUUAGAGCCAAGCUGUGGGGCCCCCCCACAAGUGAGGCACGCCGAAGUCCAGUUCUCCUCGACAACACCGGGCUCAGUGGCUGUGUAUGUGUGCCAUUCAGGCUUCAUGUCUGUGCCCAGAGCCACCCAGAGCAUCUGUGGCAUUCAGGGAGACUGGAGCCAGCCGCCCAUCUGCGAGGGUUGGUAAAAUACUCAAACAUAUUCACACAGUCAAUGCUCCUUUAAAAAAGACUCAAGUCAAUAGAUUAGUUACAUCGAGAUGUGUGAGGCUGUCUUUGUUGUUCAAGUGUUUUUCUUAUCUUUUGUUCAUUACAGAGAUCAAUGAAUGCCUUCUUAAACCGUGUCUUAAUGGCGGUACGUGUAGAAACCAGGUUGGAUCCUACCACUGCGAGUGUGCUGAUGGCUUCUUAGGAAAACGCUGUCAGACAGGUAAAACUGUUCAAAAAUGACAGUUUUUCUUUGAUUUUACCAUCAGAACUCUUAACAAAGGGAGUGAAAACUAAGGGGGCAAUGCCACAAUCCAAUAGAAUCACUCCCAAAAGCCAUUGUUUGUGUACACAAUUUGUUUCUUUAUGCACAAUUACAGAUUAAAACUGUAUCAUGCAAAGACGAAACCACAAGGAAGCAUGAUUCAACUGCUAGUGACUUCUCUGGGCCUAAGGGGAAGUGGAGGACUAUCUUUUGGUCUUACAAGUCAGACUUUGGCAUAGUUUUUUUUUUUUUCUUUUUUUUUUAAACAAGCAUCUGUGAUGGUGUGGGGAUGCACUAGUGGGAGUGCAGCUUUCAUACACUAUUUGAGAAGGGACCCUUUGCUUUAGGGGGCAACAUACAGUAUACUGCCAUUCAGACUAUGUAAGGCCUUGCAAAUUUCAGUGAGACAGUACCAAACUGUAUUUUGCACAUAUUCCAACAGCAUGGCUCUGUAAAAGAGGUCUUCUACUUGGCCUGCCUGCAGUCCUUACUUGUCACCCAUUGAAAACAUUUGUCGCAUCAUGAAACAAAAAAUAAGACAAAGGAGUCUCAAAACUGUUGAGCUGCUAUAAUCCCCUAUCAGGCAAGAAUUGGGCAAAUAUUUCACUGUAAAAACUCCAGAAACUGGUCUCCUGGGUUCCAGAAAGUCUACAGUGUUGUCAAAGAAGAAAUAAUGCAGCAGGCCCCUGUAGCAUCAUUUUUGAAACCUGUUGCUGGAAUCAAAUUUCUUAUUGAGUAUAUAUUUUGGGCUUAAAUAUUUUGCUCCUACACUAUUUAAAUUGAAUUUGAUCAUUAAAUUUAGAUUUGAUCCACAUUUAAUAAUGAAUCACAAAUUCUUGGGAAUUGGGGCUCUCAUAAAAAAAAAAAAAAAAAAAUAGGGUUCCCUGUUUUUACAUUUUUUGACCUGUUGUUUUUUUUUAAAGGCUUUCUGAGUGAAAACUCCAGACAGUUUGUUGUUUGUAACAAGCCAUACUUCAAGAUAUGAGUGAGAAGUUUUUAUGCCAUGUGUUCAUUAGCAGUUAGAAUAAUCAACACAUUUAAAUGUCAUGUGCCUGCAAGUACCUAUGGCUCCUGUGUAUAUCUGUAUCCUUUCUCAUUUUAGAUGUAAACGAAUGCCUGAUGGAGCCUUGUCUGCAUGGGGGAACAUGUGAGAACCAGCCUGGCUCUUAUUUGUGUCACUGCCUACCAGGAUUCGAAGGCACAAACUGUGAGACAGGUAAAGAGUUCACUCAGCCUGUGUUUAUUUUUAAAGCUUUUAACAUACAGAUCAUACAGAACAGUGAUCAAAUUCUGCCUUUACCAUCUCUGUGCAGAGCAGGACGGGUGUGAGUCCAAUCCCUGUCUAAAUGGAGGUGUGUGUCGCGGUUAUAGACAGAACUAUUUGUGCGUGUGCAAAGAUGGUUUCUUUGGAGACCAGUGCCAGAUGUGUAAGUGUGACUGCAUUACAAGCUUAUUCAUAAAACUCUUGCUCUUGUGUGGUUUUCUACUAACUGUCUUUGUCAACCUCUAGUGGAGAAUCCAUGUGUACUGCAGCCUUGUGGGAACCGUGGCCAGUGCAGGAGUGACAGGAGAGGGAAUUACAACUGUAUUUGCAAAGUGGGACACACGGGCAAAGACUGUGAGAAAGGUAAGAGCCAGAGACCGGCUUUGUCAGCUUGUCAUCUGUCACCUCAUCCUUUGUAUAUUAAGGACAACUCUGCAAUUAUUUAAUGUAUGGAUUAGACAUGUAAGGUUGCCACUGUUCCCAGACCUGUUGCCCCCCUCUGGUCUCCAUGUGCUGCAAGUGGAGGAGAAUGAGGUGGAGUUGCGGUGGGACGAGCCGGAUCCCUCUCAUAGUCUGAUCAGUGGGUUUGUUGUCACUUACGGUCCUCACGGAUGGAGCAAUCGUAAAUCAGACUCUCUGGACAGACAGAAGACCUCUCAUGUCAUGCGAGGCUUGGUGCCUGGCCUGCUGUACAACAUCUCCACCUUUUCUACCAAACGCAACACCAACAGCAACGACAUCAGCCAGCCUGCCACUGCACUGAUACGCACAAGUACGCACUCUCUUUAGGACUAUAAGCUGGCCCCUGGCACAUACUUUAUACGAAGAGUUUAAAUGCCUCUGUUUGUGUGCUGGUUAGUUCUUUAAUGCAAACAUGUUCCUGUGCUAGGACCUCGGCGGGUGGAGCAGCUGCAGGUGCUGAAUGUGUCCUCCUCUCAGGUGUGGCUGAGCUGGCUGGUUCAGGCAGCACGCCAUGCUGCUGUCAGCAGGGUGCAUGUGUCUCUGAUGCCUUCAGAUGGGAGUGAAGCUCGCACUGUUGUGCUCAACACCAGCACUGCUGAGCACAGCUUCAGGUCAGCUUCUGCACUGCUCGAAAAAAGGACACUUUAUAUAAAGGUCUAUUUAAUGCACAUUAAUAAGUAUAAUUAUAAAACACUUAUAGGACCGUAUAACAUGCUUAUGAACAUUUGUAAUUGUUAAUAAGAUUAAAGUUAAGCAUAGGUAGCACAUUUAUUAUUGCAUAUGACAUUAUUGCUUUUAAGAAUUUCUUCUCCUUCUUGAGACACUGUUCCCUCUUUAUAUCCAAUAGCUGCAUAAGGAGCAUUUCAGCUGUUAUUAACUGCAUUAUACAGGACUUGGUAAUCUUUACAGAGCAUUAAUCUUAACAUUUUACAGUGUAUUCAUGGUAAAGAACAUUUAUUCAAAGUUUAUAAGUGCUCUUUAAAUUCUUAACAAGAUUUCAGUCAGUGCUUAUAGGGGAACCUAUAAUCAAUGAAAGAUGUUAGCUUGAAUUGCAAUUAAGGCUUAUACAGUUGUUGAUUAAAAUCUCAUUAGGUUAUAAAUGCUCAUUAGGUUAUAGAUGCAGUUCCCUGCUAAUGUUUCAAGCUUACGAUAUAAUGUUCAUUCAUCUUUGUGAACCUCUAUAAAAUAUUAAUUAAUGUCAAUAAACAUCAUGUUGAUGUUUAGAACUUGUAUAAAAACUGUUAACAAGUGUCUAAUGAGAGCUGUAAAAGGUCUUAAAAAAUAAUGAAUGUAUUAAUUAUUCUGUUAUUAACUCUUACAAAUGUUUUAAAGCAACUUAGAAGGUCUGAAAUAUGGCUUAUUAACAAUUAAUCAAUACUUAUUACAAGGGUCUUAUUGUAAAAGUUAGAAAAAAGUUCCAAGACCUGCAGCUUUCUUUUUGUCCACUUGAUGGUGCUGUUGAGGUGCUGCACUUUGGGCGUUGAUGCGGCUUUUAUUUUUAACCACUAGAUGUCGCUGUUUAAUCACUGGUUUCAGGAUGCUGAUAAUGUGUGCUAUUGCUGUAGCGCCAGAUAAAUGAGUCUUUUUCUCUCUGCAGUUCAUUACGCCCAGGACAAAUGUACACAGUAGAUGUUGUGACUCAAAGUGGAAUCAGACCAGAUGAAUUCCCUUCCACCAGCCACUCAUCUGGACCUCUGCAGUUCUGGACAAGUAGGUUUCAAAUCAUCAGCAGCUGCAUGUGAAACUUUAUUUUUAUUAGAACUGUAAUGAUAUGACAGUUGACUUAAGUUUAAUGUUUUUUUAUUCAAAAGUUAUUAUAAACAUAACAAUUUAUCACCACAGAGCAUACAAAAUGUACACAGUGCAUCUGGAUAGUAUUUACAACGCUACACUUUUUUCACAUUUUCUUGUGUUACAGCUUUACUCGUAAAUGCUUUAAAUUCAUGUUAUACCUCAAAUUUUGGUUUGAAACUUUUGCAAAUUUGUUAAAAAUGAAAAACAAAAAUACAACAUGUACAUAAGUUUCUUACAGUGUUGGCUCAGUACUUUGUAGUUGCACCUUUGGCAGUAAUUACAGCAUCAAAUCUUUUUGAGUGUAACACUUCGAGCUUGGUGUUAAAAAAAAGUGUCGCACUGUGAAUACUUUCUGCAUAACAAAUCAGCUUAGGUGUUUCAGUGAGGAAGCAAAAAUGCAAGUUUAACUCUGCAAGAAAGCAAUGUGUGUGUGCUUUUUAAUCGUGACAGUUUUAUGACUUGAAGCAAAGCAAAAGGCAACACAAGUUCGUAAGUAUGCACAUCACAGCAACGAGACAACUCAAAGUGCUUCACACAAGACAUGAAAAACACAAUGACAAACGGCAAAAAUGCACUCUACAUGAGGAGGUUAAAUAGAUUUGAAUAAGUCAAUUAAAAGAGAAGAAAAUACAGUUAGAUUACACAAAUGACGCAACUAAGGGUUUUGAAGCCAGACACGAAACCAAGUGACAGUCUCACAUGUGUUUCUCCCUCAGGGCCUCUUCCCCCACAGAACCUCUCCCUGUCACAUGUGACCACUAACUCUGCCCUUAUCACCUGGAGCCGCCACCCGAGAAGUGUCCUAGACGGCUUUGUGGUCAAUGUGACCCGAGGACUGAAUACCAGAAGUCGCUUCCUGCCUAACGGGAAGUUAGGCUCCUACACUCUGCGAGAACUGACUCCGGGACAGCAUUACUAUGUGGCUUUAACAUCUGUCAGAAACACAGGACAGGAACAGAUCCACAGCAUACCUCAACAUCUAGCCUUCAUUACCUGUGAGUGUCUGUGUUUGAGGAAAACAGACUUUCAUGAACCUUCAUUUUGAUAAUUACUACACUAUUUUAGCAUGGAGGGGGCCAUGGGAAUCAUUUCUCCUGUGCAGAUGUUGAUGCAUAGGUUGAAGUGAAAACAAAGCAGGACUAGAUGUGCCUUGAGAUACAACAUUUUGUAUGCUAAAUGAUAACUUAAACUCUAUAUUUCCUUUGACCCAGUACCCAUGGAGGCUAGACCAGGGAGGAGAGAGAGGCCGACACUAACUGGACAGGGAACGCAGACUGGACGUACCACAACCCCAUCUCAGCCUCAGGACCUGGGAGGUACAGCAGAAACAGAGAACUCAGAGGAGCUGCACAGGUACACACAAUUAUCGAUGGAUAUUCAUUUACAAUCAGUUUUGAUAAUGGGGAUCUGCAGGAUUUAUUGUGACUAUAAACACCUCACAAAUUUAUCUGUAAUUUUUUAUUAUUCAGGUGGAAAGCGUAUACAAAUAUUCUUUUCAAAUGAAGUACAGAUACUGUGAUAAAAUGUUACUGAAGGUGAAGUAAACAGACUGUUUUGUGAAUCUACUCAAGUAAAGAAAAAAAAAGAAACUUAAUUUAAAAUUGACUUUAAUUAUUGGACUUUGAGGAUUUUUAGCCGAGGGAUAAGAAGUGAUGAUAUAGGGAUCAAGGUGUAACCUCCCAGUAGUUGCAAAGCAUAUUUUCAAGUUAAAUGUUGAAGUAUGACCAACAGAAGAUCAUUAAUGUGUGAAGGGAUGUUGUUGUCUGUUUAAAGUCACUGAAUAUUUCUGUCACAGUACCCUGCUUCAAACCACAGCCUGCUUUAGAAAUAGUUAAUCUAAUAUUGUUUAGCUUACAUGACGGCUGGAACUGAUGAAAAUCUGAUUGUGGCACACUUUAAUAAGGUUGGAAAGAGGUUUCACUUUGGUAAAAGUGAUGUUUCCUUCAUGAUCUACUGACCUUUAAAAAACAAGCCCGUAAAAAUAUUUCCAACUUUUUUGUGCCCACAGCCAUCAGACUUAAUAAUUCUUCUGUAAAUAGUAGAUGACUUUCUUCUUCUUCUUCUUCUUCUUCUUCUUCUUCUUCUUCUUCUUCUUCUUCUUCUUCUUCUUCUUCUUUGACUUGAGUACCUCUGGUUGGGAUUUCAGAACAAACUUUUCACUUUUGCAACUCAGUAACUGAUACAGUGUGACAUGUAGAGAAGAACAACAACAGCCACAAAAAUACUUGAGUACAACUACUGAUUCGAAAGAAUCCACUCAUUAGUACAAGAAAAGGUACUUUGUUACUUUAUUUAACUUUAGUAAAUGUAAUUAGUUACUGUUUAUACCACUGAUCCAGCCUCCAGUGGUGUAAAGAGUAAAAACAGAGUUUCUCAUACAAGACACAGAAAUGUGUACAAAAAUCAAAUCAGUGAUCAGAGAUAGGCUGAGUCUGACAUGUUCAGAGGGAAAGAGGUAGCAUGCUGAUAAAGCACAUCACCAUGGUUAAUUACAGAUAAAAAGGCUGCUUGGACAAGUAUUUUCAUGGGAAAGGCAAUUCAGUUUAACACAUUUAAUUACCUCUUGGUUCAAAGUGAGAAUCUGACGUUCAUCUGUCCCUGUCUUCAUAGACCAUGAAAAGUAUAUAAAUUUUAUCUUACUGGCAUUUAGGACCAGACUUCAUUUACAAAGACUUGUCUGGACAAGAUUAAAAGUAGCUCAUAGUUUUUUUUUUUUAUGCAAUAGUUAUUGCUCUUGUAUUUCAAAUAGAUAAUUAAAAGGGCAUAAGUCAAUGAUUCAGAAUCAUACAGUUUUUAAACCUUGAAGUUUUCAUGUUAUUGAAGCUUUUGUCAUUGAUAUAUUUAAAAUGUUUGUUUGUUUGUUUUUGCCGUCUAUUAACUCAAGUGGCAUCUGUGUUGCAGAUACACAGAGCUCAUUGACAGACGAGGAAAGAUUACAGCCAAGUUCCCUCACCUGCCCCGAAAAGCCAUCAGGCAUCGUACCAGUAAGUCCAAGAGAAACCAAACAUCUGAUUAUCAUUUAACAGAGAGCCAGCUCUACAGUGCUGUUUGACAGUAUUAUAUUUACAUGGUUUAUUGUUUUAUUCAAAGUAUCAGACUAUAUUUGACAUAAUGACACAAUAAAGUAUCCUGUUUCUGAAGCCAGAUUAAUCCAUAACAUCCACUGACAUAUAUCGAACCACAAAUCUGCUAUACUGACAUUCUUCUACAGACUGAAAGAUCAGUUUCACAGUUCGAUUUGCUCAGUAUGUUUAAACAAUGAUCUGCUUUCAGAUAGAUUAUCUUUGACCUCAGUCUUCUGUCCAUAUGGUCUGUAACAUACUCGAGGAUGUUUGGAUGACUUGAAGCUGCUCCUCUAAUGUAAACUGGACUCUCAUCUAUCACACAAACAGAAACAGUCGAUGUGACAAAUGUUGUUAAACUCACCUAGUUGAAGCCUGACAUGAGAAAAAACAUUAAACUUAGGGGUCUUUCAGUCAUAACAACAAAAAAGUUAUUUCAGAUGUUAACUUUUGCUCCCAUAUUACCUCCUGUUGAAGAACUGUUCUCACCAUAUUGAUGAUAUUGCUUUUGACCACUUUGUCAAAUCAAUAAUGUCAUAUAUCCGUAUUUGAAGCUGGGAAUACAAACAACUUUUCUGUGUGUCUCAGUUAUUUACAGUUCAAUAUAAAAAUUUGUCAUCCAUUGUACCUUUUUCUUUUUCGCUGAUUCAUGACUGGAAAAGUUUUGCCUUGCAGAACCAGACCCUCCUGUUAAAUUGGAGAAGAUGGAGGAAACAACAAACAAAAUCAGCCUUGCACUUGAGACUCAAGAAGAAGGCUUAAAACCAAAACCUGGUAAGUGGUUUUGCGGUUUGCAUUGGUUCCAGUGCAAACAUGAGAGAGAUGCUUUUUUGGAAAGCAACUUCUUCCUGGUCUUUAUUUAUGAUUUUCAUUUAUGAUUGAUGGUUGUUCUGACAGUCAGUGUUUGAUUUAAAUGUAUGUGAGAGUGCUACCCUCGUAGUACAAAGGGAGAGCAUAGGGAAGAAGUGGUGCAGCAGUUUGCGGUUAUCAACACAUGCUAUCAGCUGUGGGUAAUGUGGGGUAUCAGGGCUGAAACCUGACACUCACUCUCAUUCUUCACUGUGGAUAUUGACGGCAGCUGUUGUGUUUUAGAGUCACCACAGGACUGCCGCAGUCUGCAGUGCCAGAACGGGGGUACAUGUGUGGACGGAGGCGAUGCCUUCAUCUGUGACUGUGCAGGGGGGUUCAAGGGCAGACAGUGUGAACUGUGUAAGUAUGUCUGCUUCAUCUGCAUGCAUACACACACACUCACACUGAGGGAAACAUCCAAGUAAAUACAUCAUUGAUCUGUUUAUGUGUGCUGAAACAGACGGACCAGAGCAAAUCUUGGUGGUGUUGGUUGAAAGGCAGGUUUCGCUCAUGGAAAGGGUUUCUCUAAAUCAUUUAAGUCUUUAAGUCUUAGUAAGAUUAGGGGUCUACAGUGAUGCUGGUAGCUCUGUGAGGCAGGUAUGACGGUGCUUGGAGUUCUGCAAAAGCAUUUCUCACAUGAUGCUGAUUUAUGAAAAUGUAAUGAAAGGUGAGGAUAGUUGUUAGCCCCAUUGGGCCGCCUUCGGGUGGGGCGUAACAAAUGAUUACUGUCCUCAUGUUUAGGAUGUUGAGUACUUUUACAACUGUAUGACCCCAGCAGGGUUUGGUUUCUCUGCAUAGACUCUGCGAUCUGACUCAUACUCCCUCACUUUUGCACUUCAGCUUUUACCAUUUUCUUCUUUUUCUUGUCAGUGAAUAUCCUGUAACUCUUAGAUGUAACCAGGGCCCUCUUAAGAAUAAGAUUUCCCAUCUCAGCGUUACCUGUCCCAAUAAAGAUAUUACAAAAAGGUCCAAAUCCCUGUGAGAGUGGUCCUAGUUUUGCAAUAUCAGAUAUAAUAACCAAACCAAAGAACCAAAAAUCUUGAAGAGACAGAUAUUAAAAACAAAUUGCAGGCUUAGAUCUUUAAAAAUAGAGUUGAUACAAAGUGAAAAAAAAGCUCCAAAUAGCAAAGAGAAUGCUCUAAAUGUAAAUUGUUCCUGCAGAAAUAAGUUACAUUCAGAAAUGGUGCCUGUGGUGCACAACUUCAGAUAAAUAAUGGAUAUACAGGCAAAGAAGAACAGACUUUGAAGCUACAACAAGUCAUGGGGAGCAAAUAGACCUCCUGAACUUUGUGAAACAGCAUACUGCUGCAGGGAUGCAAACGAAUGCAAACGAUUUGUUCAAUAACUUAUUAAUUUUUAUUGUGUUGAAGUUAAGAGUUUUAUCUAAUCAGGUAUGAUAAGGACAUAGCUGAUUUUGCUGACAGAUGAGAUUUGUAGUUGUUUGCAAAAGAUUUGGCCUCAACUCUACCUCCAGUCAGAGUCAUCCUUUCCAGUGUUGCUACCCUAAUCUUGAGGCUGCUGAACACCUUUACAGACGCCUCUGGGUUACAUUUCUGAGACUAUGUUCAUGAUUUUGUUCAGUCUAUGAUUUAGACUGUCUAGAUUUAUGUGUCCUAUGUUUCUUUGUGGACUUCUACAAGUCCUGAAAUAUAUGUUAGUUAUUCCCAUUAGAAACUAAAUGUUUGUAAAUGUUUGCAGAGUUUUACAAUCACUCUUAACAGGAUAAAUAACACAGUAGAUUGCUAUUCAAAAUAUGGUUCCACAUACACUCUCCUGUACAGUUUUUCUUACAACAGAAGUUUAACCACAUGGAAACAUCCAUACCCACUCAGAUAUGUGUUUACCUGUUUUUGCCCAGAGCUUUUGGUGAAAGAUAUCUGCAGAGCAGCUGUCUGAAUGUCAUGAGUUUCAUCAGAGCUGGAUUUACACUUUGUCUUUGUGCUCCCAGGGGCUGUUCUUCUGCUCACUCUCAGUGUGACUGUAACAUCUCAUGGUGUGAACUUACAGCAGAAUCUGUGUUAGAUUUGCAUGUCAUCAUGUACGCUGACAUGGAGCACUGAGCUAUGUUUAGCCUGCUGCUUCUGUAAAAGCAGGAAACAUGCUCUGCUGACAGUUGACCCCACUGACAUGCCUUAUGAAUGACUUGGUUAACUUGAAGGCUUCAGGGCAUGAAUGUAUGACAUGAGUGCAGUGCCAAAGAAAGGCACAAAGCACCGCAUUAUUUGCACUACUCUGCUUUCCCUUCUUUCAAAACCAGCCAGAGCGACUAUUAUAACUCAGUGUUAUUCACUGUUAAACUUACCAAUGAGGUGGAGGGUGAAUGAUGCAGCAGCUGUCUAUUAUCUAUAGACAAUGUGCUCCUUCGACCCGGUUUAACUCUAUAUUUACUCCUUUACUGUCUCUCUAAGGCAUAUCCUUCGCCCAGUUGUCAAAGCUUAAAUCGUCUCCCAAAUGUCUGGUCUCUUUUCAGCUUUUCUUUCAAAUAAAAGCAAAAGUAAAACAAAUAAAGGGUUAAAAAAAUAAAUAAAUAACAAAUGAAUGAGCAAAUUCAUUUCUCCCAACACAUGACAUUUUUAGGGUAAUGUAAAUACAAAAAAGAAAUAAAAAUUCAAAACAGUAAUAAAAGGGGCAAGUGAUGUUUGAAAUCUUUAUAAGAAAAGAUUUUAACUCUUUGUAGCAGCCACAAGUAUAUGGAAAACAUCUUGUUUGUCACUGUAACUGCUGACUGGGAGUACUGUUUUCUAAAUCCAGUAAUAAAGUGGGAAACACAGUGUGAAAACAUCCGUUUAAGCCCUCUUAUGAUCAGAUGUCAGUGGAGCUGUACAUGAGCAGCACCCUGGUCAUCCCUUCUCCCUUCUCGAGUCCUUUUCUUCACCUAAACAUCCAGCGACAGAUUGUUUAAACAUUCCUUUCCUAAAACCAUCCAUCAGCCGGGGAGCUGCUCCAUCUAAACCAUCCAGCAGACUCUUUUCCUCCUCACUUGUCAAAACUUCAAACAUUCAUCCUUCAUGUCCUGUGACCACUUUUUGCAGUGUGCCAGCGAGUGCCGCACCCCUGUACCCGCCUGUACUCUGAGACAAAGAGUGUGCCAGUGUGGGAAGGUGGAGUCUGCCACUACCUGUGAGUUUUAUCAUCCACAGCUCUCCUGUUUCUGGCCCAACGUAUAAGUAUCAUGAACAAGCAUAAUGUUUAAGCACAAAAAAGUGAUCAAAUCCAUAAGUCUGUUUUGUUCUUUGCAGGUAUAAAAGGAUUUAUAAAGUGCAGCAGGAUGUUUGCUAUCGGGAGAUUUGUGAAACAGUGCCUCCAAAGAGAAAUCAGAGUGAGUUUUUCAACAGAUUCCUCUUAAGUGUUUUUGGAUGAUGACAAAUGCUAUCUUUCUAAUACAUGUAUGUUCACACUCUCAACAGAGAGAAGAACAAACAGACAACAGUAAAGGUUUGUUUUUGUCCUAAAAUUCUUGUGUGUUUAUCACUGCUACUGCAGAGAAUCACAAGUUCUCCAUAUUUCUCCCAAUAAUGACUCUUUUCUUUGGUUUCCAGAGCACUUGGAUGAAAGGACUGUCAUUGCUGUCAUGUGAUAAUCCUAACUUCAUUUUUGGUGUUUAUAAUCUACUUGAAGUGACUGAUUAUGGUGAUGUUUGUGCUGUCAGAACCCACUGUAACAUUUUAGAAACAUCUGAAAAUAAGGUUGUAUUUGUUCAUUCCUGAGAGCUGAGUGUGUGUGGCUGCGUGCUUCCUCAGAGGACUCCAAUCAAUCACAUGAAAAGCGGCCCGAAUUGUUGAUGAUUUGCGAUGUUUGAUGACUGAUAUACCUCAGUUCCACGUCCGUGCUGACACAUUAGGAGAGGUUUUUGUGAUUCAACUGCAGGUUUAUCCCUCAGGGAAAAUAACUGUAGAGCUUUCCUUAUACCAGCUUUGAAGAUGUACUGAUAAAGACAAUGGGAAAUGCUUGUUUUCUCCACACACAUUAAUUCAUCUCUUCCUCUGACAAUGGCGCACAGUGUUUUCUUUGUAUAAAUAUCUUUUUUUGUGUCUUAGCAGGCUUCACUGCAGCUCGCUCCUCUGUAAAUAGUGUUUAUAGGCCAUUUUGUAGGUGAAUAUUUUAAUAAUAAAAAUGUGAAAUGCU